CAGUGCUAAAUUUGAAAUUUAUGCGAAGAACCUUUUCCUCACAAUUAUCAACCCAAGACAAUGAAGAAGCUGCUAAGUUUACUCUUCUUACAAAUAUUUGUCAACUUAGCUGUAACCCAAGUUAAGCUGGUAAUAAAUGAAGUGGACACUGGAUCUGGAAAUGUGGAGCUCAGAAGUCUUUCUUCCGGUACAGUUAGCUUGGGUGAUUAUGCUUUGUACAAACUAGAACAUAAGAAUGGAAUGAGAUCAUUUAUAGGUGGGGAAAAUUUACCUUCUACUUCUCUUCAAAAUAAUGAAGUUGUAACAAUUAGCUUGAGUCAACUGUCUUUUAGCUUGGGUUUAGCCAAUGAUUUUGUUGUAGCACUACUACUUUAUCGAGGUAUGAUAGUUUAAAAGCUAUGUAGCUUACAGAUUUACACUUUACUUAUCUUUCAUCUUUUUAGGUGAUGGUAUGACUGAGGCUACUGGUCUGAACGAAUUGGACCCAAAUUUAGUUAUAGACGCCUAUAUUUACACAACAGGGGCUGCUACAGUCAAUCCAUUCAAUACUAGAGUCCCUGCAUGGACGGGAAAUGUUUUUGUAGCUGAUGGUGCUACAGUAUCUAGAUGAAAUGACAAUAUGUUUGAAGCUGGUGCAUUUUCACUACAAAGCUCCUCUUUGGGAAACCCAAAUCCUUGUGCAGGUGGUUCAGGAGAUCCUCAUUUUAUUCAACAAAUACUUGAUAAGAAUAGCAAAACUCCACAAACUAUUUGCUACGAUGUUGUUGGAAAGUCAACUAAUCAAAUUAGAAUUCUACAAGAUUUUCAAACAAAAACAAAGAUUGACGGAAUUUUGAAAGAUGAUUUCUACAUGCAUAUCAUGAGAAUUUCUAUAUCUGAUGAAAUAUUUCAAUUUUUCACCGAUUACAUUCAAUUUCCCAAUGACAAAGUGAUGAUAUGGAAAAACACUGACUCUCCACUACAGUAUGGAUCAUUAACAAUUAAAAUUACUGACAGAGCAAUCUCUCUUUUGGUUAAGAGAAGAUCAAAACAACUUUCAUUUGCCAUUACAAAGGAAUAUAACUAUCUAACAGGAUGGCACUUGAAUAUUGGAUUUCAGAGUUUAAAUGCUACUGAAUCAAGAUUUGGUGGGAUGAUGGGAGAUAUUGGAAAGAAAAGUUUUGAAUUUAGAGAAUCAAUUCAAAAUAAUAGAGGCGCUAUGUUAAAAGAUGAUAAUCAUAUAAUACAAGCCAGCUUAAAAGUUAGAUCUGAUAUUAAAUGUUGGUUUGUGGCUUUUGAAGAUAUUAUUUACCCUAAAACCAGUGUUAACUAUGUCUACUGA